CUUCAAUCUGUACUAAUAAGAAUAACUAGAAAAUUUAAUCUAUAUUAAUUCGGAAAUUUCUAUAAACUCAAUCAUUAUAUUUGGAAUUUCAUUUAAUCUUUAUGAUCUUAAUGGCUAUUUGGGAUUUCAUUCAAACUUUAUAAUCUUUAUUUAUGUCAAUUCAGAAAAGCGCCGAGCCGAAAAAAUGCCAAGCCGCCAAUUUAAAUUCUAAGAAUUUCUUUGUUUAAUCAAAUGUGUGUAUAUAAAUCCAUCAUUUUUUUCGAAAAAAUAAACUAUUUUUUAAAAUAAUUUUUUUUUUUACGACAAAAAUUAUGUCCAAGUCCAAGUGGUUCUGUUUAAAAAAAAAUUCAGAUAAUGCAAGCAUUCAAAGCUCUAUUUCGUCAUCCACCUCUAAUAAAACAUUGGCGGUAAAUGAACUAAAAAUUAAAGCAAGAGAGAAGGCUGUAUCCAAAAAACUCAAUGACAUCAAACGUUUAAUGGAAGUUGAUCUUUGUUUUGUUUUGGACUGCACCGGAACUAUGGGGUCUCAUAUUAGCGCUGCCAAAGAUUGUAUUUUACAGGUUUCUAAUUAUGUUAAACAUAUAAAUCCAAAUAUUAAACUUCGAGUUGGUUUUUGUGGCUAUCGAGACCACGAUAAUGGAAUUGAUCGUCUACUAGUUUUUGAUUUCACCGAUCAGUAUGAGCAAUUUACACAAUAUAUGCAAAAUGUAACUCCUAUUUAUAAUCUCGAUUUAGCGGAAGAUGUUCUUGGAGGUCUUAAUGCAGCAGUAACCCAAAUGAAUUGGCAAAAUAGUACUAGAGUUCUUCUUCAUAUUUGCGAUUAUCCACCACAUGGUCGACGUUUUUCAUACUUGAAGGAUAAUUAUCCAAAUGGUGAUCCAUAUGGUUUAACCGCAGAAGACGUACUAGGAAGAAUGCAAUCAAAUAAUAUUCUUUAUUUUUUUGGUAAAAUUACGAAUCAUACUGAUAAAAUGCUUGAAAUAUUUCAUGAUAUAAUUGGGGAAUUUCCAGUAUUUGAUCUUGUAGGAGGAGAUCCACUUGUAUUAAUUAAUAAAUUUAUUCAGGCCACCUCAUCAUCUAUCACUUAUGCUGUUUCAUUAACUAGUACCAUUGUAAGCAGCUCCAAUGAAAUAAAUUCAAUGCAACGAAAAAAAAUUAUUAUGAAUCCAAAUGUACCCGAUUGGAAUACUCUUUCAUUACAAAAAGGAAUAGUUAUGUGGUAUCAUAUUCCUAAAACUCUGGACGAACUUAAAAAUCCAAAGUACUUCGACAAAUCAAAUCUCAUUUCUAAAAAUUUCUCCUACAAGGUUGCUUCACAACCAUUUUCUUCAGGUGUUGAAAAAUACGCAUAUUUUGCUCUUGAUGCUAAGAGUGAUCCGACAAAAGAUAUGGUAAUAAAAGAAUAUCUUCAUAUUGGGAAGCGAAACAAUCCUCUUGAAAAGUAUCUUGAAGCAGUAGAAAUCUUUACAGUUGCAUAUUUCCUUUCCACACAAUUUAAUUCGAUCGCAGAACAAAAAAAUAUUCCCAAAGUUAAUUUUCUCAAUGUGAAACUUUUACGUUAUAAUACUUUUUGUUUUACUAAAUAUUAUACUAUUGAACCAAAACUUCAAAAUUCGGAGUAUAAAAGAUUCAAUGCAAACACCGGCGUAAUUACGGAACUUCGACCUAUUCUUGAAGCAUUUGUUCACUUCACAUAUGAAUACACUAAAGGAUAUUUAGUAGUUUGUGAUCUUCAAGGGAUUGAACUUAAUGAUGAUUUCUUAUUAACUGAUCCAGCAAUACAUUGUAUUGAUCCUUUAAGAUUUGGGGGAACAAAUUUCGGUGAAAAUGGGAUCAAACAAUUGUUCUUGGCAAAUCAUAAAUGUAAUGAUAUUUGCAAAAAGCUAGAAUUAAGUCAUGUUAAUAAUGAGUGAUUUAAAAAAUUAGGUAUUAUGAUAAUAGAAAAAUUAUUUUAUAAUUUUAGAAAUUUAUUAUUUAUUUUAUUUGAAAAUAUUUUUAUAGUUACUUAAUUCUAUAAUUAUUCAUGUUAUCAAAUUUAUAAAAUGUAUAACAACUAGCUACGCGCGCGUUUGAAAAGUCUAAAAAACGUGAUAUUCGUCACGUGAAAUAAAGUUUGUAAUAUUCCAUUUAAAUAUAUAUUGGCCUUUUUCAGUUUUAUUAUUUGUUUAGUGUAAUAAUUAUUUUUAAAAGCUC